AAAAUAUUCCCGCUUAUUUUUUCGGUCAACAAACUUAUUCUUCAAAAUUAAUUAAUUAAAAUGGGAAUUACGGGAUUACUUCAAAUGGUUGAAUCAUGCACAGAGCCCUCAACAGUCUAUACCUUACAAGGCAGAACUGUGGCAGUUGAUUCAUAUUGGCUAUUGCAUAAAGGAAGUUAUUCAUGUUCAGACAAGUUGGUGAGAGGAAUAAAGACCACGAAAAUGCUAGAUUAUGUUAUGAAAUAUGUUAAGCUGCUUUUAUCUACGUGUUCUAAUGUCAUUAUGGUUUUUGACGGCAGAUCAUUGCCAGCCAAAAAGGAAACGGAACUAAAGAGACGAGAGAAUCGAGAAAAGGCAAAAUUAAAAGCUGAUGAAUUAGCAAAGAAUGGACGACAUGAUGAAGCAAAGAAGGAAUUUGAUAAAGCUGUUGUAAUAACACACGAACAUGCACUGGAACUAAUGGAAGAAUGUCGGCGCUAUAAUGUCGAUUGUAUCGUUGCUAUGUACGAAGCUGAUUCACAGCUGGCUUACUUAAAUAAGAUUGGACUUGCUGAAUAUAUAAUAUCUGAAGAUAGCGAUUUAAUACUUUUUGGAUGUAAGAAAAUCGUCUACAAAUUGACUCUUGACGGAAAAUGUGUCCUUUUUGACAGUGACAAGCUUCAUAAUUUAUUCCCAAAAUACUCGUUUGAGAAAUUUAAACGAAUAUGCAUUUUAUCUGGAUGUGACUAUGUUAAUAAUUUACCUGGAAUUGGCUUGCAAAAAGCUAAAAAGUUUAUAUGCAUGACUGCAGAAACAGACAUGAAAAAGGCAAUUCCGAAAAUUCCUUCAUACAUGAAUCUCAAAAUUACUAUACCUGACAAUUAUAUUGACGAAUUCUUAAAAGCUGAAAUGACAUUUAAGUAUAUGUAUGUUUAUGAUCCAAUAAAACGAGCAAUGACUAGAUUAAAUGAAUUAAUGGACGAUGAGGAUAAGCAGUAUUGUGUAAAUGCUGGAGAGCUAAUGAAACCUGAUGUAGCAUAUCAAAUCGCAUUAGGCAAUAUAAAUCCAAAGACAUUGCAAAAAGUUAGUGACUAUGAUCCACAAAAGGCACUGCCACGAUCACUCAAGAGACCUCCAAUUCAAAAUACAAAGUAUAAGCCACUCUUUCGUAUAUGGGAUUAUGAUGGACAUCAUGAAACUGCUAGUAAAGUUCGACAACAGAGUAAAAUCACAUUUGUGCCUGUAAAGUUUAAAAAUAGCAGUUCUGAAGUGUCCAAAAUAGCUGAAGAAGAAAAUAAAGUCGAGGGUCAAAUUGAAAUGGAUAGCUUAAUAUCAGCAUAUUGUGGGACAGAGAUAGCCACUCCUUCUAAACCUACUAUGAAAAGAACAAGCUCAGUAUUAAACGAUGAUCUUAAUACUUUAGUUCCUUCAUCACCAAAUAAUCCGUUCGCAAAACGACAAUCUUUGGAAAGUAAGGAAAAGGCUGAUAAUGUGUCACUCAUAAAAGUUCUUUCAUCAAAAGAUAAAACAGCAAGCAGUUUUGAAGAAAGUCGAGUAGUGAGUAGAUUUUUUGGCCACAAAUCUAUACAAGAACUUGAAGAUCCAAAAGAAAUAAUUGAAAGAAUAGAAACUACUAAAAUUAAACGAGAGCAAGAAAUUCAGGAACGAUUAGAAGCUAAUAGACGAUUUUACAACACAUUCAAAAAUGUUCCAAAAGAGAAUCAAAGUGACGACGAAGAUGACAGCACUUCCACAAAAAGUCCUUUAAAUCAAAUAAAGGAGAAGUAUGAGAUUCAAUCAAAUCUCAUGUCUAAAUCAACUAGUGUCAAUAGUAUUAACAGUGAAGAUGAAGAUUAUACACAUGAUGCACAACCUAUAGACCUAGAACUUGAGAUAAUCGAGAAGGAUGACGAUGAAAUUUCAAUUCCAUCACAAAAUACUGCCUCACAAAGCAUUAAACUGAAAGCACCAAAUCGUACAAGUAAUAAAUCGACUGCCACAAAAAAAAUGAAAGUUAAAUCUACCUCAAUUGACUUGUCUACCCAGCAUAAAUUAAGUAGAUUUGGAUUCACAACUUCGAAUAGAAAUGUCAUCCAGGAAGUUUCUUUUUUUGUUGAUAAACAUUCAAGAGUUAGUGCUGUCGUAAAGAUCUUAGUAAUAGGAAUGUUCUUGAUUGCUGAAUUAAAAUCUACAGUUAAAGUACAUCCUUCACAAUUCAAUAAAAGUCUCGCUGAUGUCAGUAAAUAUGAGUUGAAUAAGAAAUUAGCUAAUAAGAUUCUUCAUAAUGUUGGUUUAUGCAUCAGUUUCCGUGAGAUUUUAAGCUUUCAUGAUUCUUGUAUAUUGCCCGCGGAUGGAUCAUCUCAUACAGACGUGAUUUUUAGAUACAUCGUAUUUAGACCUGAAAUUGGAAGCUUAUUAACCGGUAAAAUUAAGAACUGUACAAGAGACGGUGUGUUCGUGACAUUGGGAUUCUUUGACGACAUUUUUAUCCCAAAAGACGAAUUACAGCAUCCGUCAAGAUUCGAGGAAACGGAACAAGCUUGGGUUUGGGAGUAUCCAAUAGACGAAGGUCAAGCAAAGCAUGAUCUAUUUAUGGAUGUUGGAGAAACUGUUAAAUUUAGAGUGAUUGAUGAAGAAUUUGUAGAAUCGGAACCAACUGGACCACCGGAAAAAAAUGAAGCAUCAACAUCUAAACAAAGUACAGCAAAUGACACAAAUUUCAGACCACCUUAUAGAAUUAUUGGUGCCAUUAAUGAGAGUGGUUUAGGACUGGAAUCAUGGUGGACGCAAAAUGACGGGAAUGGAACUAUGGACGAUGAGGAAGAGGAAGAAGAAGACGCUUAA